ACGACACUCCUCAUGGACGUGACCAAUCACGGAGCUUCGGCCCUGCACAUGUCCUAUGCGCCUGAAUAUGAACACCCCGGAUACGCUUUCAGCUAUGGCGUGAAGGACGUUCACACAGGAGACGUGAAAUCUCAGUGGGAGCAUCGCGAUGGUGGCGUGAUAAAGGGUCACUACAGCGUUGUCGAGCCCGAUGGAUCCAUCAGGAUCGUUGACUACACCGCAGACGCCGCGAAUGGUUUCAAUGCGGUGGUGAAAACUCAAGGACCCAACGUCCAUCCUCACGACGAUCCCUCGGGAAAUGCGCGAUCGGAGACGUACGAUCAUCCGAUUGCCACAUAUCUGGAGGACGAUGAGUCGUCUCAGUCAAAGAUCAACCACUACAGCAAGGAUCAGGAGCACAUUGUGCUGAGUUCGGAUCUACGAGGCCGGGAUUAUGAUAAGAAUCCCGUGGAUUUGGCCAAGACGAUCAAGACAAUACCGCAACUGAUCGAAUUGAGACCCGAUGGUCCGGUCCACAAGUCUCACAAUUACGAAGCCAGCGGAGACUAUCGACCCAUUUACAUCAAUCACGGCGAGUACGAGCGCAAAACUCCGCCCGAUCUGUCGCGAUAUCGCCAGUACUUCGAAGAAUGGCAGCCGGCAUCAUAUCACGACGAGCCCGAAGAGAAAUAUCCCUUCCCACCGGGUGGCGAAAGGCCUCGCCUCAAUCAGAUCUACUCACCGGCCUACAAACCACACCAUUACACGAUCAGACCGAAGAAACCCCCGCGGUCGUACUCCUCGUCGGGAUUCAAGCACUACUCGUCGAAGUACAAAUCCCCCCGGAUCGAGUACUCCAGCUACUUCAGGACCGUGGACAAGCCGUCGCGGCAAGAGGGACCCGUGCUGUUCCCCGAAGACUCCUACGAGCAGAGAGUGGCGUCCUCGCGAAUGGUGCAGACCAUGCUGUCGAAGGACAAAGUGCGAGUCGUGCCAGUCUACGCAAAAUACAACUCAGACUACUACUCAUCAUAGUAGAGAUCUCCUAUCGCCGAUAAGAGAUCGACAACCAUCCUGCGAUCGCGUGAAAUCACCUGAGAUUUCUGGUGUGCAAUAAUUUAUAAUUUAAUUUAUAGCGAAAGA